CGAGAAUUAGGACACAUCACGGAGAAAUACUAAAAACCGUUACACCAAGUCAGUCAAGAGAAUUGAGACAAACCACGGAUAAAGACUGACUCCAGGCGAGAUGUCCUUACACCCAGCACACGGCGUUCUCUUGACCUUCGUCUUUCUGUUGUUGACCAUACCUCUGGCCUCCUCGUAUUACUUUGUAUCCGAGUACAGACACAGAUGGAGAGGAGGUCUGAAUCAGUGUGAGCUGAAAGGGAUGAAAUACCUUGACGCCCGGUCCCCAAGGGCUGCUGAGAAAGCAAGUCGGUACUUGGGAAUAUUCAAGACUUGGCAGUACUGGUCAAGUCUGCAAUACGACAAUAGGACAGCGUCCUUUCUGUGGGAGGGAUCCAGAGAGACAGUCGACGUUUAUGAACUUCAGUGGGAGAGGGGAGAGCCAGAUCUCUCCUCCAACUACGAGUGUGCCACCUUCACACUUGAGGAAAAUAAUGCGGUGUUCAAAAUGGCAAACUGUUCACACUCCAAGUCUGUCGCUUGUGAGGGGGACGAACUACAGACCCCUGACAGAUUUCGCAGUUUUUCCAAAGGAAAGAGCCAGAAGGAGUUCUGUGAACCAAAUCAUGCAGGCACUCCGGUGUGCACCUUUUACCAGGACCAUGGCUGGGAGAUCCAGCUCCUGAAAGUGGAGCCAGCUGAGGCAGAGGAGGACUGUGCUCUCCGGUGUAUGGGGAUGUCGGAGUGUGUCCAUUUCACCUACAUCCGGAAAUCCGCCAUGGUCGGAACAUGUCUCAUCCACAGGAAACCGUCCGAACCAGUGUGGUCUCAAUAAUCCGUCACUCUCGUUUGACCAAUCCAUAUGUUAAACCUGCUGAAUGCAUGGCCCCCUUUGUCUUAGGUUUCGUGGAAGCAAGGUGCACAUUGUGAAUCAUUUCAGAAUACGUUAUUCGAGGAUGUAAUUUUAGAUUUAUUUCUAGAUCCUUAAAUGUUCCAUUUUAUGUAAGCUUUCCGUUUAUGCAAUAUUUCGAGGUCCAGCUGUCUCUAUAUGGUCAAGCAACUUCAACAUCGUUCCGAUACUAAGUCUGCAUCAACAGAUAUCCAUUCUCUAUAUCCAUACUUGGUCAUACCAACAUGGACACUGGUAACAUCACCGUACACACUUAGAACUACACAGAGGUAACGACAAGCAUGUAGUUGUCACAGUAUAUUAAUGACAAGCAUGUUGUUUUCACAAUAUGUUCUACUUGGGUGUUCUCUUGUAAUAGGCGCAUUAUUCAUUGUUAAUUAUUUGUACUU